AUGGCUCCUGCAGCAACACUCCCCCAAGACCACCGCCCGGUCGUAAUAUCUGGUCCCUCAGGUGUAGGGAAAGGCACGCUCUUCAAGAGACUCUUCGACUCGCACCCGGAAUGUUUCGCGCUAUCAGUUUCUCACACAACGAGGUCGCCGCGUGCUGGGGAGGCCCACGGCGUCGACUACUACUACGUCUCCAUGGACGAGUUUGAGGCCUUGGUCAAGGCCGACGGUUUCGUCGAGCACGCCCAGUUCGGGUCAAACCGCUACGGCACUUCUAAGCAGACUAUUGCUGACCAGACCGCUAAGGGGCGUGUUGUGGUCUUGGAUAUCGAGAUGGAAGGAGUCAAACAAAUUAAGAAGAGCGGCAUAGAAGCGCGCUUUGCUUUCAUUAAGCCCCCAAGUUUCGAGGAGCUCGAAAAGCGACUGCGCGGCCGGGGCACCGAAUCGGAAGCGUCCAUCCAAACCAGACUGGAUCGAGCCAAGGAGGAGCUCGAAUAUGCAGAUACCCCGGGCGUGCAUGAUAUAAUCAUUGUCAACGAUAACCUCGACAAGGCCUACAAGGAGUUAGAAGAUUUUGUUUACAAGCCGCUUGCAUAG